UCGUGAGCGGGUCACAUGACUGGUUUCCUGCCGAAGCAGCAGGCUAGCUGGCUGUACUGCGCUCACAGCACCGGGGGAAACAAUGGUUAGUCGCCUGUUAACUUAGCCAGUCAGCAGGUCACGGUGUGCGGGGAGAGGGCAGCGUCUCGACGAGCGAUGGAGCGGCAGACCCGUGUGUAAGCCAGGCUCGCCGCGUCCCGCCCCGUCCGCUCAGCUUCACACUAGCAGGCUAACUUAGCUGACGUCCAGACCUCAGAGCUGUUUCUGCUUGCUAACGCUGCUAACGUUAGCGCGCUAGCCUCUGCUAGCCGAGUUCAUGCCAUGACUAUGCAAGGGGAAACCACGGCUAUACGGAUUGCGGAUAGCGAAGGCAAACUGGAUGUAUUUCCCCAGAGCAGGACGCCAAGCUCGGGGAGGGCAAGUGCCAAAAGCUGGCAGUACAGUGACCACAUGGAGAACAUUGAUGGCUACUUAAUGAAAUACACGAAUCUGGUCACGGGAUGGCAAUAUAGGUUCUUUGUCUUAAAUAAUGAGGCGGGUCUGCUGGAAUACUUUGUCAACGAGCAGUCACGGCCCCAGAAGCCCCGCGGCACGCUCCCCCUGGCAGGGGCCGUCAUCUCUCCCAGCGAUGAGGACUCCCACACCUUCACUGUCAACGCCAUCAGCGGGGAGCAGUACAAGCUCAGGGCCACCGAUGCCAAAGAGAGGCAGCACUGGGUGAGCAGACUGCAGAUCUGCACGCAGCACCACACUGAGGCCAUGGGAAAGAGUAAUCCCCCACCCAAGUCACGCAGCUACUCCAUGGUGUCUCAGGGCAGCGGCAGCUCCCCCAUGUCUCAGCGCCGGGCCAGCCAGUACACCACCUCCAUUUUUGGCCUGUCGCAGGUCCACAAGGGAUCCUCACUCUAUUCCAGCAAGAGGUCGCUGCUCCCAGACCACCUGCUGGACGCCAGAGAGAUGAUGACCCAAGCGCAGGGCCAGCACAGAGACCUGAUCCAGAGCAUCGAGGGCCUGCCUGCGGCCCCCGGCCUCUCCCCCCUCGACCAGGACUUGCUGAUGCUCAAGGCCACUUCCAUGGCCACCAUGAACUGCCUCACUGACUGCCUGCACAUCCUGCACCUGCAGCAGGUGGCCAGGCAGACAGGCUCUCUCGGAGCAGGACCCAACAUCGAGUGGCUGGAGCCCAAGCUGCCCGACAUCCUGAAGAACGGCAGCAGCUCUCUGACCAGCUUCACAACAGGGGAAGGCACGCUGGAGGGCAACCGCCUGGAGUUCAGCACCCCUGAGUCCUCCAGCUUCUCUGGGGAACAAGAGGACGUAGAUCCAGAGGACGAGGCGGAGGACUCCUUCACAGACAAGGAGGACGACCUGGGUGCGGUGGAGGAAGAGCGGAGUGUCAUCCUACACCUGCUGUCCCAGCUUAAGCUGGGCAUGGACCUCACGCGGGUGGUCCUUCCUACCUUCAUCCUAGAGAAGCGUUCUCUGUUGGAGAUGUACGCUGACUUCAUGUCCCACCCGGACAUCUUCGUGGCCAUCACUGAUGGCAGCAGCCCAGAGGACCGCAUGGUGCGUUUUGUGGAGUACUACCUCACCUCUUUCCAUGAGGGCCGCAAAGGGGCCAUCGCCAAGAAGCCCUACAACCCCAUUAUCGGUGAGACCUUCCACUGCUCCUGGAGGGUACCCAAGAGACCAGAAGCCUCCAAGGAGCCCACACAGGGGAGCCCCACCCGAGCCGCUCCCCAGGACUGCUACCAAGUGCGCUUUGUGGCGGAGCAGGUGUCCCACCACCCACCUGUGUCCGGCUUCUACGCUGAAUGCCAGGAGAGGCGGAUGUGUGUGAACACACACGUGUGGACCAAGAGCAAGUUCAUGGGAAUGUCCAUAGGAGUAUCUAUGGUAGGGGAAGGCUGCCUGUGUCUGCUGGAGCACGAUGAAGAAUAUGUUUUCACGCUGCCCUGUGCGUACGCCCGCUCCAUCCUCACUGUGCCCUGGGUGGAACUCGGCGGCAAGGUGAACGUCACCUGCGCCAAGACGGGCUACUCGGCAGUCAUCACUUUCCAAACCAAGCCUUUCUAUGGUGGCAAGCUACACAAGGUGACAGCAGAGGUGAAGCACAACACCACCAACGCAGUGGUGUGCCGUGUGCAGGGGGAGUGGAACGGCACUCUGGAGUUCAGCUACACCAGCGGAGAGACGAGGGUGGUCGACGUCACCAAGCUGCCUGUCACCAGGAAGCAUGUACGGCCGAUUGACAAGCAAGGACCCACCGAAUCCAGGCGCCUUUGGCAGCACGUGACGGAGUCGUUACGCCAGAAGGACAUUGACAAGGCCACGGAGCACAAGAGGAUCCUGGAGGAGAGGCAGAGGACAGAGGAGAGGCACCGCAUUGAGACAGAAACCCCAUGGAGGACCAGAUACUUUGAAAGCGAGGGCGAUGGCUGGGUGUACCACAAACCACUGUGGAAAAACUCUGCCUUCAAGUCCUAGUCUCAGUCAGUAUGAUGGACGCUGGGAACGACUCUGUUAGGAUGUGUGUGCGUGUGUGUGUGUGUGUGUAAAUACAUGGGUGAGUGUUGAAAUGAAAGCAUGAACUUGAACUGACAUAGAGAGGAAUGCAACAGGGGCAGAAAGAAAUCGCUCACAGCGUACCCUAAGUCUUGACGAGCUUUUGUACUUAAGAUCACUUUUGUAUAAUCCCAUGUCGAUGAAGACAUAUUCUUGUACAGGCAAAGGUACUCUAUUUACACAGCCUUAAGACUGUCUGAUGAAUGAUGCUCUUAUCGUUGGUUGUGCUUAUCAAUCUGGAGGUGGAGGGUUUUCAUUGUCGUUUGUUUUACUGUGAUAUCAUACUUUGGAAAACAACUCGGAUUUUACUCUAAAAUCAGUUAUCCAAUAUUUUUAAAGAUAAAUAAAUAUAAACAUACUCUGAUGAAAUAAUUGGUAAUGUGAAAUCAAGGCAUACUGUUGAUGGCAAAUUAAAUUAGUUGUUUUUGAGGACAGAAUUAUAUUUGUUUGUGCAGCAUUUUUCCAAAUGGGAUAUAUAGAAUUUUGCAAUGAAACUUUUGAUUUUAAAUGUUGCUGUUAGUGAUCUUCACAUUGGGGUGUUAAUUUUUUUUCUUUUUCUUUCUUUCUUUUUUUUUUUUAACCCCCCACAACCAAUUCUAGUACUAAAAGACGUCCCCAUAUUGUCACUGAGAAUGUUCACAUGCACACCAAUAAAAAACCAUCCUGGUUUACAGCAUCUGGUGACAUUUUACAUACACGCAAAAAUACAAAAAAUAGAAUUCUAAAGUGUUUCACUCAAAACAUUGAACAGAACAGAAAUCUGAAAUGCUUAUUGUGAUUUUAACCACGAUCAGAUUGAGACUUCGAUAGAUCAUUGCCUUAAUGGAUUUAAGAUUUGUUAUUUUGUGUGCAUGUCAGUGUAAUCACUGAUAUAUGAGGAUGAGCAAACUGGUUCUAAAUUUAGACUUAAUUCAUAUCCUAAUUUUCCCAAUUUGUUUGAUGAUUUUGCGGUGAAUGGAAGAAUUCUUGCAUGCAUGAUAAAGUCUCUCAUCACACUGAUUGCGGCAAAUAUAAUACUCCUGCGUCUGAAUUACAUGCAUUUCUACGUGUCUGUGGUAAAAGCUUUUAACCAAAUUUGCCUGUCUUCUAAUGCAAAUAAAUGUGUUGUUUUCUCAAGAGGGAAUCCCGGGAAACGGGUGGCUGCAACGUCCCAGAACAGACGGCACCACUCCUUUUCAAAAAGAAACGUUUUCUGAAGAAAUGAGCUCAAGGAGGUUUGCUGGAGUCUGUUCUGGGGAAUCGCUGCCCUGCCCUUCCCUGUGACAUUUCCCUUUGGGAGCCAAGUGUGUUGGCAAGAACCCCCUGUCCUGAGAUAAAGCGAUAUAGCGCGCGACCACACCCUAAAGCUACUUGAAGAAACGUAUUCUUUUCUUUGAAUGUGUGUUCAUCCCCUUAUCUUGCGCUCUUAUUUUCAGAGCAACGCCACUUUUGUAUCGAAAAAUUUAAAUUUCGUUUUCCGUUAAAGUUUGUUGGUUUCUUUCCCCUUUGGAAGUAAUUCCAGCACUGUCAAGAGAUCAACCUUUUUUUCCCGCCCCAAGCAGAAUUUUAGCCUCAUAUUCUCAAAGUAUCCCACUGUCUCCUUAGUAGGAACCAGUUCCUACUUUAUCAAGUACAGAAAGAGGACCUGUGUGAGCAUGGGAUGCAUGGAAAUACACUUUUCCAUUGAUAAGCUACUCCCUCUACGUCUUGGUGCCUUAUGCAACUCUUCCUGUGUGUGUCUUCCAGCUAAGGAGCACAGCAUUUUCAGCAGUUGGUUACAUGACUGAUGCAAUAGCAUAUUAUAUGUACAUAUUAUGUGUGGGUGUGUGUGUGCGUGGGUGUGUUUGUUAUUUAUGUUGGAACUUUAUUUCCUUUGUAGUAUCAAGACUUGGCUAUGACCCCAGUACUUGAUGUUGGGAGAACUCUACAGAGCAUUUGUUUGAUUUAUGCUUAGAUGUUUUCUUGGUUUUGAAAUCUUCUGGUUGUCUCGCUGACCUAUGAAAUGCACUGACAUUGAAGGAAACCUGAUGCUCCUUGUAGAGAUAUUGAUAUGUGUGAUAAUGAUCAAAUAAAAAUACCUAUCAAUUGUA